UUUUGUUCUCUGAGACAGCUCGGAAAAACUAUAUAUACGCUAUGAGCGUAUAUACACAUUAGAUACCGCAAAGCUCAAAAUCGCAGUGAAUUGGGUGUUGGAAGUGCAUAUCGGAAAGUUUCUGAAAUCUCAAUUGAUUCUGCGGAAAAUGUUUCCUUAUUCUUCUUCUGAUGAUUCUUCUUCUCCUGAUGAGCCGGGAAAGAAAGAAAUGAGGUACAAGACGAAGGUUAUUCAGUUCAUGGGCCGGACCACUCCUAUCGUCCUCCAGAACGACAAUGGCCCCUGUCCUCUGCUUGCUAUCUGCAAUAUAUUGUUGUUGACGAAUCGUUUGGAGUUGAGUCCUGAUGUCCCUGAGGUGUCACAACAGAAACUCCUUUCACUUGUUGCUAAGAGGCUGAUAUAUUCAAGCAGUAAUGUCAAUGAUAAAGAUGCAGAAUAUGUUAAGAAUCAGCAACAAAAAGUCACUGAUGCAAUUGACUUGCUUCCCAGACUUGCAACUGGACUUUUUGUAAAUACAAAAUUUGAAAGAAUUGGUGACUUUGAGUAUACUGGGGAACUUGCCAUUUUUGAGCUGUUAGAUAUUCCUCUCUAUCAUGGUUGGAUAGUUGAUCCGGAGGAUCAUGAUACUGCAAAAGCAAUUGGAUCAAAGACAUAUAAUACUCUGAUGGGGGAGCUUGUAGCUCUUGAAACACGAGAUAUGGGGAGUGAACAUAAGAAAAGUGCUGAAAAUGAUGCUGCAACAACUGCAGCACUAGGGGUGCCUUCUCCUACCCUUUCAAGAGGCAAAUCUUUCAAUGAUUCUUCUGUUUCCAUCUCUGACAAACACAAGGCAAGAAGAGGAGACAUUGAAGAAGAAGAACAGUUGCAAAGAGCUUUGGAGCUGUCUAUGGCUGAAGGGACAAUUUCUUCAGGAGAUGAUUUACUUACUAAUGUACAAAAUUCACCAAAUGUGGUUGCGAAUAUCAAAGAUCAUGAACGACUAGUUUCUGACAAGGCAUCUGAAAUAAAUGUUGCCAAAGACACUUCCCAGCCUGAAGCACCAAUUUCCAAUGUAGUCACAGUAUCUGAUGGUUCUAGGAAGUUGGAUGAUGUGGUUCUUAACCCAAAUAGCUGUGAAUCAGAGUCGGCAGGAGUAGCUGCUAGUUCCUCUCCAAGGAUUAGUCAUGAUCCGUCCAAAGAAACCGGAGAGCCAAAUUUGCUGGUUGAGAACACUGACCAAUCUGAAGAAGUUCCCUCAUCUGCAGGUGGAAGUCAUGUGCGUAUAGUUGGGGACAAUAUAGAUUCUCAUUUGUCUAGUGGAAGAAGACAAGACUCGGAUGAUCCUGAAACUUUUACUUCUAGUGUUGAUGGAAGACAAGACUCGGAUGUUCUAGCCAAACAAGUGGAUGGAGACAGUAGACAUGUUCACAAUGAAAGUCCCGAGGAUGGGAUCUCUGCAAGAGAGGGGGAAUUGAUCAGGAACUUCUUGAAUGCUAAUGCCAGUCAACUGACAAUCUAUGGAUUAGGUUGCUUGCAAGCUGGUCUGAAAGAGCGUGAGCUUUGUGUUUUCUUUCGGAACAAUCAUUUUAACACCAUGUUUAAGUUUGAAGGGGAGUUAUAUAUUUUAGCCACGGACAUAGGCUUCUUAAACCAGCCUAAUUUGGUGUGGGAAAAGCUGAAUGAGGUGAAGGGGGACACAUAUUAUGUGACAAGUAACUUUAAGGAGUUCAAGUUGGGAAAUAGCUCCAAUAAUGCAUGGGAUCGACUUACUGCCAUCACUUCUACUGCUGAAUUUCUAGAGAGCUUAGGAAAUGCUGUGAAGAAUAAAUAUUUCGAUCCUGAUACAGAAUUGGCAAUAUCACUUCAGCAGCAGGAAUUUGAGCAAGAAGGUUGCCAGGCACGGGCUAAUCGUAAGCAGGCCCAACCGAUUGGUGAUGGUGGGCCAAGGUUGAUAGUUGGUCCUCGUAAUCAGGCCCAACCCACUGGUGAUGGUGGGCCAAGGUUGAUAGUUGGUCCUCGUAAUCAGGUAUCAAGGCCGAAUAGAAACCAAUCAACUUCCUCUUCCAAUCAGGAAUCAGAGCCAGCAAAAGAAAAGUGUACUGUGAUGUAAAUCCAACCGUGUUAUACCACAUAGCAUAGCUGUAUAGAGGCACAUAUCAUUGCUUUAUAGGUACUUGCAAAGUCAAAUAUCCCUGUUGUUGAAGGUGGUUCAUACAUAUCCCUGUUGUGUAUAAAGGAGUGAAGGCUGGCUAGGCAGCAGAGAGUUGCAAAAAUAUUGUAUAAUAAAACUCUUUUUUGUAUGUACAAAGUACAACUGGUAAUGGGGAUUGAAUUGAGACUUCUGAUUUGGCAUUGGA